AUGGGUGUCGAGGGCUACCAUGUGAUUGAGCUUGUAGGCGAAGGUUCAUUUGGGAAGGUAUACAAGGGAAGGCGGAAGUACACUGGUCAGACAGUUGCAAUGAAAUUCAUCAUGAAACAUGGGAAAACCGACAAAGAUAUUCACAAUUUAAGACAAGAAAUUGAGAUCCUAAGAAAGUUGAAGCAUGAGAAUAUAAUUGAAAUGCUUGAUUCCUUUGAAAGCCCACAAGAGUUUUGUGUUGUCACAGAAUUUGCACAAGGUGAAUUAUUUGAAAUUGUUGAGGAUGAUAAGUGCCUUCAUGAAGAACAAGUUCAAGCAAUUGCAAAGCAGUUGGUGAGAGCAUUGCAUUAUUUGCAUUCCAACCGUAUCAUCCAUCGUGACAUGAAACCACAAAACAUUCUCAUUGGUGCUGGUUCUAUUGUUAAGCUCUGUGAUUUUGGGUUUGCACGUGCAAUGUCGACAAAUACUGUUGUUUUGCGAUCCAUUAAAGGUACUCCUCUAUACAUGGCACCUGAACUAGUACAGGAACAACCCUACAAUCACACCGCAGAUUUAUGGUCUCUUGGAGUAAUAUUAUAUGAAUUAUUUGUUGGCCAGCCUCCUUUCUAUACAAAUUCUGUAUAUGCACUCAUCAGGCACAUUGUUAAGGAUCCGGUUAAAUACCCUGACAACAUGAGUCCAAGUUUUAAAAGCUUUCUGAAGGGAUUGCUCAAUAAGGUACCUCAAAAUCGAUUGACUUGGCCAGCUCUUCUUGAACACCCAUUUGUUAAAGAGACGUCUCAUGAACUGGAGGCUAGGGAAAUGCGUUCUGCAACUGCUGCAGAAAGAGGCUGGUUGCUGCAUGGAGUCAACUCUACAGCUUCUUCAGAGAACAACAGUAGAAUAAGUUUUCAGAAUGAUGCUCAAUCAGACAUUUAUGACUGCACGACAGUCAAUUCUUCCCCAAAUGAGUUCCCAGGAUUUGCAAAUCUUAAGGAAGUUAAACAGUCAGGUUGCCAAAUUUUGGACAGAUUGGAAAAUAACUCUGGUACAGUCAAAGGUGCACAAGUAAUUGGUCAAGACAAUGAAGCAUUAGCACAGGUUUUGCUACCACUAAAAAGAUGUUCCCAAGGAUCCCUAGAUUCUUCCUGGGAUCAAGAUAUUCUUAAUUCUAACCAGUCUUUGAGAAUCCUUUCAAAUUUAGUUGCAGCUGGUGCCAUCCAUUCCAGUGCGCUGCUUGAUGAAAUUAUACAUGAACUUCUUGUUUACACUGGCGUCAUUGUGAGCAUGGAAACUUCUGAAGUGAAUGAGUUAAAAGCAAAGAGCUUCUCAGUAAUUAAACUUUUGGUAGACAAUGCCGGAAGUGGCACUGGAGACUCAUAUUUCAGGCACUGGGUUGCUUUAACUGAUAUUUUUUCACUGGUUGUUGGUUGCAGUGAAGAUGCAUCUGGAAGAGUUCUGUAUGCGUCAGUUGCUUGCAUUACUGUAGUGUUAACAAGAGUCACUCAGGGCCUUAAAGCAUGUUCUUCAACUUCAGCUCCUGAGGAGGUUUCUGAUCUUAAUGGAACGUUGAAACGUAUUUUGGAUUGCGCUAAAACAUCUGGUCUAGUGGAUCAACUUUGUCUCUGCUUAGUUACUGCAGGAUGCAUCCGAAAAGAUUUCUACAAAAAGAAAUGCCUAUUCAUUUCCCCUAAGCACUUUGCGCGUCCUUCACUCAAAUUUGACAUUAGGGAUCAAGGUCAAAGUUCAUUAAUUGGGGCAGAAUCCGCAAAACUUGUUGCUGCAGUGACUAGAGCAUUCCUUAGAUCAGAAGCAGUACAGGUUGCUAUCCAUUAUUGCCUUCAUCAACGACUUGAGGCUUCACUGUAUGCUAGCAUUCAGCUGUUGUUGAGGUGCUGCUUGCAUAAUGGAAGUGUUCCCGGUAUGCUCUGUGGCCUGCCUAGUUCCCUACCUGUAACUACUGUUGUCAGUGGUGGGGGUGAUGGAACCAUUAUUUCAGAGAUAUUCUCUUUGUUGUCUUUGUGCAUUUCAUCUCAAAAUAAAGAUCCACAAGCAAUGGAGACAACCAACUUCAAGUGCAAAUUAACCAAUCCCACUACCUUCGUUCUGCAUUCAUGCCUCAUCCUUGCAAUAAUUGCACAAUGUUUGAAGGCCACUGGUAGAAAUUCUGCAUUAUUUAUGUUGACAACCUCCCCAAAGAAGCAGCUUUCUCGACUUUCAGUCCUUGCUCAUCAUUUUUCUUCUGAUGAGACCACAAACACUUCCUUUCAAACUCAUACUGCAUCAGCCAUGCUGGCACUGGCUUCCAUAUUGUCGCUUGAAUCUGGAGCUUCUGUUGGCUCAUCUGUCUCCAAGGUAGCAGUGCCUUUGAUUCCUCGAAGUACCACACUAUGUGAAUACCUCAAACUUUCAUCAGACAAUGGAAUUGAAUUGGGUCCUAAUGACACCAAUGGUGGUCUCUCAUACUGGCAUGGUCUUAGGGAUGGAUGUGUUGGCUUGCUGGAGUCCAGACUGAGGUGGGGAGGACCCUUAUCCAUAAAACAGCUGUGUGCAAGCAAUAUACCUCUGCUUCUAGUCAGUUUGUUAGCCAAAAACCAACAAAAUGUAUCUCGACAAGAAGUUGACAGCACAAAUGAUCAAGUUGGGCUUUCCCCUAUAGGAGUUGUGUGGACAAUAUCGUCAAUAUGUCACUGUCUCUCAGGUGGAGCCUUAACUUUUCGUCAGGUUCUGCUCAGAAGUGAUCACAUCAAGAACAUCUCUGACUUGAUAUCUGAUAUGCAUCUCAAGCUUGUAAAGUCCUGGGUUGGGCCUGGUGGAGGGAAGGAUGGUGUGAGAGAUAUAAUAAAUACAGUAAUUGAUCUCUUGGCAUUUCCUUUUGUGGCCAUACAGAAUGCUCCAGGAUUUCCAUCAGCCACAGCUUCAGUGAACAGCGGGGCCCUUCUCAACAUGGGUUCACCAGGUGUGAGAGUUGGCAUGGAAGACAAAGACAUGGUGAAAGUAAUUGAGGAAGACCUGGGAAAGUAUAUUAAAAACCUUUUGGAGGUAAGAGUGCCAGGCAUCGUUCUUCGAUGUUUAGAGCAUCUGGAGUUAAAGGAUAUAGGAAGGCCUGUGGCCUUUCUUGCUAAAAUGAUUGGUCACCAACCAUUGGCACUUCAACUUGUGCGUAAAGAAGGCUUGUUGGAGCCUACUAGAAUGAGAAGAUUGCUCGAUUGUUCAAGCCCAAGAGAAGUGGUGCUGGAUGUUCUGAUGAUUGUUUCUGAUUUGGCUCGAAAGGAUGAGGGAUUCUACAGAUGUAUUAACGGAGCUUCUGUACUGGAGUUCUUCAAGGAAUUUCUUACCCAUGAAGAUCCCAAUGUGCGGUCAAGGGCUUGCAAUGCUCUGGGGAAUAUGUGCCGGCACAGCUCCUACUUUUAUAGUGCCCUAGCAAGGCAUCAAAUUAUUGGCCUCCUUAUUGAUCGAUGCUCUGAUCCAGACAAACGGACACGAAAAUUUGCUUGCUUUGCUAUUGGGAAUGCUGCCUACCAUAGUGACAUGUUAUAUGAUGAGCUACGAAGAUCUAUACCCCAUCUUGCCAAAUUUCUAGUUUCAACUGAAGAAGACAAGACUAAAGCAAAUGCUGCAGCUGCACUAAGCAAUCUUGUUCGCAACUCCGACAAACUCUGUGAAGAUAUUGUAUCUAAGGGAGCCAUGCAGUCUUUACUGAAGUUGGUGGCGGACUGUUCAGUGGUAGCACUGAACCCAGGUAGGAAAGAUUCGGUAAAUGAGUCACCUCUAAAAAUUGCUCUCCUUUCAUUGGCAAAGAUAUGUUCGCAUCCGCCCUGCAGACAAUUCCUCCGUUCAUCAGAGUUGUUCUCAGUGAUUGGACGGCUUCGGCAAUCUCCAGAAUCAAGAAUCGCCAAUUACGCCACUGACAUUAUCACCAAAGUUGCUGAUUCCUGA